AUGAGGGUGAAUCGACAGACGAAUAACAAAGGUAAUAAUCACGCACUACCAUACCAACUCAAAGCUUUUUAUCUCAGAUUUUUGAUAGAAUCUGUUAAGAUUUUUUUCAUGAUAAUUCUCCUUGAUGAAUCGAGAGACUUAUCGAUAUGGUACCCUGUAUUGUUCAUCAUUUAA